AUGUCAAUCGGGUUUCUGCUCAAUAAUCCGGACGACCCAAUUGUAUGGCGUGGCCCCAAAAAAACGGCUAUGGUCAAGCAGUUCCUUACAGAUGUGGUGUGGGGCGAGCUAGACUAUCUACUGAUCGAUACUCCGCCUGGAACAUCUGACGAGCAUAUUUCCAUCGUUGAGCAUCUGAGGGUGUACAAGCCCGAAGGGUGCGUUGUAGUCACCACGCCCCAGGACAUGUCCACAGCCGAUGUGAGGAAAGAAUUGAACUUCUGCAAGCGCGCUAAAUUGCCGGUGAUUGGUGUGGUGGAAAACAUGAGUGGCUAUUGCUGUCCGUGUUGCGGGGAAAUCACAAACAUAUUCUCAUCCGGGGGCGGUUCGAACAUGGCGAAAGAGUUCGAUGUGCCGUUUAUCACGCGCGUCCCCAUUGACCCGUCGCUGACUGCGGGUGCGGGUACGAUCGACGAGACCACCGGCGAGAAGAAGACCUUUGCUGAGUGUUUAGCUGGCUCUGAGUCGUAUAAGGCCACGAGGGAAGUACUGGUGACGAGUGUACUGGAGGCGUGUGAGCAGUAG